CACCCAGUUUUUCUACUACUCAUGAUGUCAGAAGGAAAAUCCGACUCAAAAAGACUUUGUAGAAAUUUAGCAGUGAGCAAAACGAAAAAUAAAGGAUCUAAUUCUAUUAUUUCGUAUUUUAACAAUGUCCCACCUGCUAAACUUGCUUGUCCCAUUUGCAGUAAAAUGGUGCCAAGAUUUGACUUAAACCGGCACAUGGAUGAAAUUUGUGCUGACAGAAAUGAUACCAUGUUGGUUGACCCUGAUCUUGAUUUAACUCACUCAAAUACAUCCACAGUGAAUUCAACCUUAAAAGAUGCAACUCCGAAGAAACUGUCACCAUUAAAGAGGAGUUUGGCUCCAGGCCAAAGAGAUUCAGGAAAAAGCAUAAAACAAGUGACAAGUUGUUACUUUAAAAGAAAUGAUGAUUUUCUGUGCAGAAGUCAAGACGAACUGAGACACCACAAUGUGAAAGUCAUUGCUUUGGGAAGCCUGUCAUCCAAAUUGUCUAGAAAAUACACAAAGGCUAAAGCCACAGUAGAUAAGAAUGAGGAAUCUGGGAAUCAGAGACUUGGGAAUGUACAUAGUUCCUUAUCCACAUUGGCAGAGAGCUUGGUUAACUGCUCUUCAGAGGCUGAGAACAAGGAUCAAGUUUUGGAAAAUUCUUCUCAAAAGAAAAAUGUUUUUGAAUGUGAUUCCCUUAGAGAAGUGGACAGCAAGACUGCUCAAGAAUGUGAGAAAUCAGCCUCCACUCCUGGGUUCUUAGAUCCUGCUCUUGUACUGUUUUCACCAGAUGGAAGUCUUGAGAAUAAAUUAAAGUCUUCUCUACAAGACUGUCUUGAAAAGCAGGAGAGUAUGGAAGGGGUACAUGUUAAAGUUGAACAAUUUGAGGAAGAUAGUUGUAAAGAAAAAAAAGUGACAUUUUCUUUAGACACGAAAACACAGUUUGCAAAUUUGAUACCACAAUCUUUUAAUUCUGCAGAUGAUGCUUCUCCCUGGAGUAAUAUCCAGGCACUUCCUCUGGAAGGUGAUGGUGGUUUACAGAAUGAAAUUAUUUGCAGUGUUCCUUUGGAGCAGGGGCAAAGCUAUGAUACUCUUGUUACAAAAACUCAAACACCAGAGAGACAUCCUUACUACCUUCUUAGUUUCCUUGUGAUCCUGAAAGCCGUAUUUGAGAAUGAAGAUGACAUGGUGCUCUUUGAUGAACAAGAAAAGGAAAUUGUAAAGAAAUUUUAUCAGUUAUCAGAGAGUGGUCAGAAGUUAUAUGUAAGACUUUUUCAACGCAAAUUAAACUGGAUUAAAAUUAGCAAAUUAGAAUAUGAAGAGAUUGCCUCAGAUUUAACACCUAUAAUUGAAGAAUUGAAGAAAGCAGGCUUUGUUCAGACAGAAUCUGAAUUGCAAGAACUCUCUGAAGUGCUUGAGCUACUUUCUGCUCCUGAACUGAAAGCCCUGGCAAAGAUUUUUCACCUAGUGAAUCCCAAUGGACAGAAGAAGCAGUUAGUGGAUUCCUUCCUGAAGUUGGCCAAGCAACGUCCAGUCUUCACUUGGGGCCAGAAUCAGCCUGGAAUUGGAACUGUGAUUUUAAAAAGAGCUAAAGACUUGGCUGGCCAGUCCCUAAAAGUCAGUAAAGGUCCCCGGGCUGUGUUUUCUCGGAUGUUGCUUCUGUUUUCAUUGACUGGUUCAGUGGAAGAUGAAGAAGCAGCAUGUGGUGGACAGGGACAGCUCUCUGCUGUAUUACUGGUCAACCUUGGCCGAAUGGAGUUCCCGAGUUACACCAUUAAUCGGAAAAACAAAAUCUUCCAAGACAGAGAAGAUCUUAUCAGAUACACAGCAGCUGUGCACAUGCUGAGUGAUAUUUCUACUGCUAUGGCCAAUGGGGACUGGUAUGAAGCCAGAGAGCUUGCAUUGUGUGCACUGAAGGAUUGGAGCCAGCUGAAGAACCAUCCUUCUCUGAGAUACCAUGAAGAUUUACCACUCUUCUUGCGGUGUUUUACUGUUGGGUGGAUUUAUACAAGGAUUUCAUCUCAGUUUGUUGAAAUAUUUCAGAGACUUCACAUGUAUGAGGAAGCAGUCAAAGAACUUGAAAACCUUUUGUCUCAGAAGAUAUAUUGUCCUGAUAGCAGAGGCCGAUGGUGGGAUAGACUGGCACUUAACUUACACCAGCAUCUCAAACGUCUGGAGCCAGCUAUUCAUUGCAUCCUUGAAGGUUUGGCAGAUCCGGACGUAAGAACAGGACAUCGACUCUCACUGUAUCAGAGAGCAGUGCGCCUGAGAGAGUCUCCAAGCUGUAAGAAGUUCAAGUACCUCCUCUGCAAACUCCCAGAAAUCCUUGUGGAAGAUGUAAAACAUGUUACCAUCACUGGUAGGAUGUGCCCACAGAGUGGGCUGGGGAAGUCUGUGUUUGUGCUGGAGGCCGAGGAAGCCAGUGUCCCCACCACCAUGCUGUGUUCCGUUGAAGAGCUGGCAUUGGCCCAUUAUAGACACAAUGGCUUUGACCAGGGGAUCCAUGGAGAAGGGUCUACCUUCAGUACCCUCUAUGGCCUCCUCCUGUGGGAUGUCAUCUUCAUGAAUGGGAUUCCAGACGUCUUCAGGAAUGCCUACCAGGCCUUCCCACUGGACUUGUACACAGACAGCUUCUUCGCAAGUAGGGAACAGGCCAUGGAGGCCAGACUGCAGCUCAUUCACACAGCCCCUGCUGAGACUCUGCAUGCCUGGUUGGCAGCUUCAUGGCAGGCUCAGGAAGGCAGAGUGACUUCUCUGGUCAGCUGGGACUGCUUUACUUCUCUUCAACAAGCCCAGGAUCUUGUCUCCUGCUUGGGUGGCCCUUUCCUAAGUGGUGUGUGCAGGCGCUUGGCCACUGACUUCCGACACUGUCGAGGUGGCCUCCCUGACUUGGUGGUAUGGAACUCCCACAGCCAUCACUUUAAGCUGGUAGAAGUUAAAGGCCCUAAUGAUCGUCUGUCACAGAAGCAAAUGAUCUGGUUGGACGAGCUUCAGAAGCUGGGAGCUGAAGUGGAAGUCUGCCAUGUGGUCGCAGUUGGAGCUAAAAACAAAGCCAUCAGUCAAAAGCUACAGAAUUAG